AUGGCCACCGACGCUUCCACCGACGCUCCCACCGACGUUCCCUUCUCCGAGCAGCCUGAAUGGAAGGACGUCUCGCCCGUCCCGCAGGAGGACGGGUCGGACCCCCUCGUUCCCAUCAUCGCGGCGGAGGAACAUUCCGAGCGCGUGUUGGAUCUUACCGAGGCGAUUGUGAGGAUGAACCCGUCGCAUUACACCGUCUGGCAAUACCGCUUCGCAACCCUCAUCGCGCUGAAGAAAGACCUCGCCGCCGAACUGGAGCUCAUGGACGAAUUCGCACGCGACAACCUCAAGAGCUACCAGGUGUGGCAUCAUCGGCUGCUCCUCCUCGAAGCGCUUUCUCCCGACGACCCCACAUCGGAGAUCGAGUUCAUUCACAACUCGCUCGUCCCCGACCCGAAGAACUACCAUACCUGGGCGUAUCUCCACUGGCUGUAUUGUCACUUCUCCCGGCUGGGUCGUAUCUCCGAGAAGAGGUGGGAGAGCGAGCUGCUUUGGUGUGAAGACAUGAUUCGGAGUGACGGGCGUAAUAACUCAGCUUGGGGUUGGCGCUGGUUCCUCCGUAUGGCGGGGCCGGGCAUGGAGGGGAAGAAUGGAGAGGAGGAGAUUAAAUACGCCCUCAAGGAGAUCCACCACAUCCCACACAACGCGAGUGCGUGGAACUACCUACGCGGCGUCAUCCGCAUGACCGGCACUGCCCGCGUCCCCCUCCUCCCCGCCCUGGCGACGUACAUGACCGGCAGCGCCGUCCCCACCCAGACUGAGGAGACCGUUUGGCCCUCCCGCACAACCCCAGUCGACACGCUCACACCGCUGCCCGUUUCCAUGGCCCUCGAGUUCCAGGCCGACACGUUGGUUGAGGCGGGGCGCCUGGGCGACGCGGCGGCCGUCUAUGGCCAGCUCGGGGCAAGCGUCGACCGCAUGCGCAGCGCGUACUGGGAGAUGCGGCGGGGCGAGUGCGUGAAUGCUUAA